ACGUCGAGUUCAAAUCCACCUCUCCUCAGUUCUGACGUCAUCACCAAUCUAUUUAGCGUGACGGAAUCUAGGCCUAAUUUAUUAUACAGUCGUCUGUCCCGUUGACUUCCCCACGCGUCAGUGGGUCAAAACUGUGGUGAGACUGACCACUGACCAGUGUGACGGAAUUCGUUCGUGAUGUGGCAUACCCUGAUCUAAUCACGUGACCAAAAUGUCGUCGGGUAGUUACGACCUGGCUGGGCGACGGGCGCAGUCGCUGGGCCAAGCGCCGUCUUUCAUGCCCACUUUCCGGACAAUCCAACCCGGGGAGAAGAGUGGCAAUGGGUCAGUGGACGAGCCACAUGGCGAGGGUGGAAACCAUUUAGAGAGGCCAGUGGAUGUGGAGUUCCCUGUGAUGAGCUCUGGUGCUGGAGAUAGUGAAGGAGUUGUUUUGGUCAGCAGGACUCCAGUGGCGAGUGCCAAAGACAGUAGUUGGGAAGAGUACGAGAGAGCUGCAUCCAGGUCGAUUUCUCUUGAGGAGUCACCCCCGCCUGCCCAGUCUACUUCUCUCAAAUCUAAGUCUAAAUCUUUGGAGGGAAAGAAAUCUGACGCUAGUGACAAGAAUAAGAAACUUGGAAGUGGAAUUAUUGAAUACUUCUCCAAGAGCUGGAGAAAACGAGGUGGACCAGAAUCAGAGAAGCAAAAAUCGAAAGACAAAAAGAAAAAGAAAAGGAAGACAGCAGGGAGUAAGUCUGACAGCAGCUCAAGCGAAAGUGACGGUGAAAUGUGUGAGGUGCCGCCCCCUCAAACCGGAACUCCCGGGACACCGGAAAGAACAGGAGGACUUGAUGCUGUUACGGCCCUUGUCGUUUCCGGGCGGGGAGACCCGGAUCUUGAUGCGGUGGCGGCGUUUGUCGUAGGCUCUAGGCCUUCUGGUGAUGGUCAGAGUUCGAGACCAGCGGAGACAGAUGGAUCUCCAGACGACAAAGAUUCGGAGCCGUUUACAUCUUUCACGGCCGAGCAACUCGGUUCUCCAGCGACAUAUGGGUGGGCGGCUAACGGGGGUGACGACGAUCAUGCCGUGUGCGACUCUCUCAGCGACGCCAGUGACAUUGUUGUUGACCACAUCAUGGAAACACAAACUGUCCCGAAGGACUACACACCCAAUGGGAAUGCCACCAAACAUACUGGGGACGUUUCUGAAGCCCCUGGUAGAUCUAGGGAGCCUACGGCUUCAACGUCUAAGAAAGAUUCCUCAUCUUCUUCAAGCAGUAGUUCAGACGAGGAAGCCGAAAAACACCCCGAAAGCAGUAGCAAAGCCUGUCCUAAAAGGAAUUCUGCCAGUUCGUCAGAAGUAAGUCAGCACAACCUAAGUAUGUCAAGCCAAGGAGGGGGGAGAUCAAAGGCCUUCAAACUAGAGGCUACUGUGAUGCUGGACCCUGACGAGCGUGUGCAGGAAAAUCUGAUGACCUACUUUGGCCCUGUCUACCUCAGACCACAGCCUGGAGGGAAUGGGUUGCAGGUGGUGGCCAGUCCAGAUGUUGACCGCUCCCUGAGAUCACCCACACCAUCGGAGGAGGAGGAAGUAGCAGCAGCUGCUGGGGCCAAAGUCUCGGGCAAGCGUGGGACAAGCUCUUCCACCAGCAAGCCCUCACCCGCCUUCCCCGUGACUUCACUUGCUGAGAUCAAAGAUGGACAAAUAGAACCUCUAGCGGCGCCGGUCUCCCGAGCCGUAGACUCCGGGGGACGGGGAGAGGAUGGCGUUCGAGAUGAGAUAAGGAAAGAGGAAGACAAUGGCGGAGGAGAUAACAACGGUGUCUGUGACACAGCGAGUGACGUCACCGAGAAGUCUGAGAAACUCGGCGGCCCGCCUCUCCGAAGCUCGUCCUCUUCUUCUUCAUCUUCUUCCUCUCACUCGUCAGGGUCAGCGAAGAAGAACAAGCAAAAGAAACCGCGACGUCCUGUGUCUGUUGCCGUCGGGAGUAAUGACGGGCCAUGUGACGUCGUCUCUGGUAGAGGCGAAGGUCUUUCUGUUAAAGUCACCCCAAGAUCAAAAUCUGUGGACUAUCUUGACCCGGUCAAAUUUCUUGUGAAAUCCAAAGACUCCAACACGAAGAUUCUGGACCUUUCGAAUGCUGUGAAAAUACCUGUGACGUCUGAAGGAGUUAUGCAGCCUGACCUUAUGACCUACAGGUCAGGGGACUGCAGUGUUGUUGUGCCAGAAAACGUUGCUAUGGAAGGACAAGUGGAGGCAGAUUUUAAUUCACCUGAAGAGGCGCUUAGCGCCCAAUUUCUUGAGGCACAGACGAUUUUUGAUGACCCUCAACCUUCAUCGAAAAAUGAGGGCGAAAAAGGAGGUGACAAUGAGGAGGAGUCAAAGAAUAACAGCGUCAACGAUGCCUCGUUCAAGUCAAAUGAUUCUGGAAAUAGCAAAGAGGAGGUGAAACUUACUAGUGGCUCAAAUUCACCAGAACAAAUGGAGGUGAAUGGCGAAGUAAAGGAAUCAGUGGUAGAGCAACAGAAAGUUGAUCCAGUAAGCUCGCCGAAGCUUCUGUUCAAGAAGAUGCAGAGCCUAGAUCUCCUGGAGACCAGUGUGGACGAAGUCGGAGAGGAGGGGGAAAAGAGAAAGAGGAGUGGGUCAACUAGUUCCUCGUCGUCUUCUUCGAGUGAUUCGUCUAAGGAGGAAGAUGAUAAGAAGGUUUCGUCUACAAAAGAAGAAAAUGGCAGUCUUCAGAAAAGCGAGGUUGUUGUUCGGUCAGCCCCAACUAUUGCUGACAUAACAAUGCAGAUUGUUCCUCCAACAGAAACGUACACAGUUAGUGAAGAUAGCUUUCCAACUUCACAAGAAGUUGUUUUUCCUAAAGAAGAUCAAUUUAUUGAAGAAAUAAAAAAGGACGAUGUUUCUGUAGAAGUGCCAGAGGUGAAAAUUAUUGAGGAAAUCCCCAUAGUGGUAGUGGAUGUAGACGCUAAGCCGGAGGGUAAAAACUCCAGUAGUUCCUCGAGUUCGUCCAGUGAGUCAGGAGUUGAGGACGAGGUGACAAAGGGUCAAGACGAUGAGGUCAAGGUGGCAGUUACAGCUGAGACGUCUCCAAUACCUGAAGUCUUCGUGGAAGUGGAGAAGGAGCCUGUCGCGGUCACAGCCAUUGAGACAGGUAUUGACAGUGUUACAGAAGCUAAUAUUGGAAUUAAUUAUCAAGAACCCACCAGUCAUCAAAGUCUCAACACGUCUUCCUCAUCUUCCUCUUCGUCAUCUUCGUCGUCGUCGGCAAAACCACUGAAUGACCCCGUUGUUUAUGACAAUUUGGACAAAAAAGAUCAAGAGGUUGAUGUCUGCACCUGUUUGCCAGAACAAACCACGUGUGAGAAUGAUAGUUGGGAGGCAGUCUACGACGCACUACAGAACGCUGAUACUGAAAAACAAAGGCAGAAAAACUCCGUCCAUUCGAUUCCGACAGAGAGUAAAUCACAAGAAGCAGAAAAAGAGAACCGUGCAACCCACAACAGCAGCUCAACAAGCCACCCUACCGAUAUGGGGGAGACAACUGAGAUAAAUGAACCACCAAAAGAAAAAGGUUACCUCCCCGAUCUGAGCCGGCCAAUGCAGCCUGAUGAGAGUGUGUCUCCACUAUCUUCACACACUGAUACCCAUGGAAUCGCACUACCAAUACCUGCUCCUAGGAAAGCGCGCUCCUCUUCAUCCUCAUCAUCAUCCUCGUCAUCGUCCUCUAGUUCUGAUAAAAGGAAACAGUCGACUGUGGAUAUUCCAGACGAUAAAUCUGAUAAAGAAAGAGCGAAAUCUGAGCUGGAAAAUGAUGUAGCUGAAACUGACAAAGGGGGCAGGCCAAAAGAAAAGAAGAAAGAUUCUCCUGAGGCAACACUGCAAGUCAAUGAAGAAAAGGUGGAGAGCCCCAUAAUCAUAGAAAGUUCUAUGAAAGUUCCUGAAAGACAUGAAGAGGAAUCUCCUUCUUCACCCACUGAGACCAGGAAGGGGAAAGAUAAAAAAUUAAAAGACAAACCACCCAGGUCGUCGGAGAAAAAGGACGCAGCAAACACUUCGGCUUCUACAACGUCGUCAAGCGACUCCGGUCGGUCGAGGGGCAGUCUAGUGGGAAAAUUAUUUAAGUGGCCAUUUGGGAAAAACAGGAAGAAAUCUGAAGACAUGUCCAGUGAAGUGAGUGAUAGAAAUACUUCUGUGAGUGUCGACAGUUCCAUUCAAGAUGAGCAAAAGUCGAGAGUUGAAUCUGUUGAUUCUCAUUCUGACACAUCCCACAUAGAGGAUACAAGUUGUGACGUCAGUCAGGUCAGUGGAGUCAGUAGUCAGGGUGGGUCUUCUUCAGUCGCGGACAAAACACUCUCAGCGACCUCCACAUCUUCUGAUGACGUUACUCCCAGUGUAUCUGUAGCGGACAAGAGUUUUGUAGAAUCACUCCAAUCUGAAAUCCAGGUGUGUUCCCAAUCCACUCCAAAAAAUAACAGGCGAGAUUUGCCUCAAAUCGGUUCCGAAUCCCAAUCUUCAGAACCGGUUCCAGACCGGACUCGUCGUUCUUCCAAGUCCUCAGAAUCCGGAAAAUCUGGGAAAUCAACUCCUAGAGCCGGAUCACCACACAGCAGAGGGUCUGCAUCACGUGACACAUCCGUUGAUGAGUCCAGGUCUGGGGUGAGCCCUCAAAGAGCAGGAACACGAAAGAGUAGUAGAAGUAAGAGCUCUGAAUCGUCCAUGUCCUCCCAUAGCCAGGUAUCUCAGAAGGUGCCAGAGGACAAAAAUACCAAGAAAGCGCCAAAGUCUGCUGACACUUCCUCACGUGAUCAUAGCGUAAUAGACGCGUCAGAGCUUGACACGUCGAUCGCCUCGGACGCCAUGUCACAACAACGAAAGGAAAAAGAACGGAAAAGAAAAGAAAAAGAGAAGCGCGAAAAGAAAGAAGCGAAGGAAAAGAAAGAAAGGGAAAAGAAAGAAAGAGAAAAGAAAAGGAAAGAGAAGCGAGAACGAGAAGCAUUGAAGAAAGAAAAAGAAGAGAAGAAGAAAGAUUCCGAAAAGAAAAAAGACGAAAAGAAAGAUGAAGAUGUUAAGGAGCAGGACAGUAAACACUCACAAAAGGCAGACCGAAAGAAAGAGGCCAAAGUUGAGAAGCGUGAGGAGAAAGCUGACCGAGAGAUCAAAUCGGAGGUUAAAACGGUCUCCAGCGUAGGAGAACCAAAAAUAGACGAUCGCGAAAAACGAAAGGAUAAAAAAUCUGCAGAGGCUGACACAGAGAAAAGGCGAAACAAAGACAGAAAAUCGCGAGACAGAAAGCCGAGUAAGGAAAAGAAUGAAAAUAAAAAACACACUGAUGUAAGAGACCACAUGGAUGAAUCACAAGCUCAGUCUUGUGGCGGAGAGCCAGUAAAGUCUAAAAAUAAAAAAUCCAGUGACAAGGAAAAAGUUAGAAAACCGAGCGACAGUGAGAGGCGAGAGAGCGUAAAAUCUGAUAAAGUGAAAACAAGUAGCGAGAGUAGAAGACGUAGUAAGGAUAAGCAACCUGCUUUAUGUGAGCUCACUGGAGGCACCCAGGCGACCUCCAGCCCUGACCCUGCUGACUCCCGCCGCUCGUCUCGCAGUGAGAUAAGAAAAGAUAAACCUCAUUCGUCACGCUCCUCAUCAUCGUCUUCCUCCUCGUCGUCGUCUUCCUCUUCUUCAAGGGAAGUGUCUCGGGAGCGUAUGACGCCGGCUAAAGAUGAGGUGAAAUCCACCCCUGAUGCAGCAAAAGAUAUUAAGUCGCCGGAGACGAAACCUAUCCAGACUGAAUAUAUCGUUAAGGAAGAAAAAGAGAUUGUAAAAGAAGUGGAAAUUGAAACAAAACGUGAAGAGUCGAGGUUACAGACUGCUGCACCCCCACCGGUCCGACCUCCUAGAACUCCAAAGUCUCAAAAAUCGGGAAAACUCCAGAAACUGCUUCCUUCGUUACGCUCUCCCACACGAAAAGAAUCCAAAACGUCACAGUCCGAAUCAACAGAGCCUGAGUUCACAUUCGACGGACAGUACCACAGAGCAGAUGACGUCACUAUGGACGUCCCGGAAGCGGAGACAAUUGAGAUGAAGACAGCCCGGCGCGUUUCCGGAACAGAGAGUCUUCAGUUUGCCGAUGCUGAUGCUGAGGAGGCAGAAAAGCCUGGAGAGCCAUUAUACUCACAGCCCAGGCAUUUCGUUGUGGUCGCAGUAGAUUUUGGUACGACACACAGUGGAUAUGCCUUUAGUUUUGUCCGAGACUCGCUCAGCGUUUACAUGAUGCGCCGAUGGGCUGGGGAGGAACCUGGCGUGGUCAACCAGAAGACCUUGACCUCUCUCCUCCUGACCCCUGAGGGUCAGUUCCACAGCUUUGGCUACAGUGCCCGGAGUAACUACCUUAACCUUGUGCCUCUGGAGGCUCGCCAUUGGCUGUACUUCAGUACUUUCAAGAUGGAGUUGCAUCAUAAUGCCAAUCUCAACCGGGAAACAACUUUGGUGGCUGCAAACGGAAUCAAGUUCUCCGCUUUACAAGUGUUUGCCUAUUCGUUGGAAUUCUUCAAAAACCACGCCCUGCAGCAGCUGAGCGACCAAUCAGGGACAGAACUGCUCAACGAGGACAUUCGUUGGGUGAUCACAGUGCCGGCUAUUUGGCGAGCUCCGGCCAAGCAAUUCAUGCGACAAGCUGCUUAUGAGGCAGGCAUGGCAAGCCCUGACUUCCCAGAGCAACUCCUUAUUGCCUUAGAACCGGAAGCUGCCUCCAUCUACUGUCGUCGACUGCGCAUGCACCAACUGGUGCCGGAGCAGCCAAUCAAACGUCCUCUACAGUCUCCAGCUCGAUCUUCGAUCGAAAUGUUGAAUACUGAGCCGGCGGUUACAGAGCUCACUGUUGGCGUCAGUAACACAUCUUCCCGCGCAACUCUGAACUGUCUGCCUGAUGAGGAAGUGGAGAAUCAAGUGACAGGCUCUCGCUACCUGGUGGUCGACUGUGGCGGCGGAACGGUGGACAUCACAGUGCACGAGCUGGACAGUGCGGGACACAUCACAGAGCUACACAGGGCGACAGGGGGACCUCAUGGCUCCAUAGGGUGAUGCUGAGACAGCUGUAAAACGCUUUGGUGACUCGGAGAUUGAGUGGUCCCCUCAGGGCAUGUUGAGACUGAGCCCAGUGGGCAUGCGCAGACUGUUCCUUCCUACUGUGACACAUAUCAAACAGGCUGUUGGAGACGUACUCAACCACCCUAACGCCCGAGAACUCAAGUACAUGUUCUUGGUCGGUGGCUUCGCGGAGUCUCCACUGCUGCAGCACGAGCUGAGACAGGAGUUUGGACAUCUGGUCAAUAUACUGAUCCCACAGGAGGUCAGUCUGGCCAUACUGAAAGGUGCUGUCCUGUUCGGUCUUGACCCGUCAGUAGUGCACGUGCGAAGGUCACGACUGUCGUAUGGUGUGGGCAUUCUGAACCGAUUUGACCCCGCGCGUCAUCCAGUAGCCAAACGAGUCCGGCGUGACGGGGUCGCCUGGUGCACCGAUGUCUUCGACAAGUACGUGCGCACAGACCAGCCGGUGAUGCUGGGGAACACUGUUGUCAGGAGCUACACACCGGCCCGGACAGGCCAAGUGAGCAUUGUGCUCAAUAUCUACAGCAGCGUCAACCCAAACGUGCGAUUUAUCACAGACCCUGGGGUCAGUCGGUGCGGUACGCUCUGCCUCACUCUGCCCGCCCUGGAGGAGGUCAACAAAGGUGCUGGGGGUCAAGGUCACAGUGGACCGCGGGAGAUCCAGGCCCGCAUGUCGUUUGGGGACACGGAGAUCAACAUAGUUGCUGUGGACCUGGCGUCCGGGAGAGUGGUCAAGGCUAGCGUGGAUUUUCUGGGUAGAUAGAGUGUGUACAUAGUUACAGUUAUAGUUAUACUACGAAGCUGUAUGUGUAUUAUUUAUGAUUAUAAUAUGCAAUGUUGUUCGUCCGUCCAGGCGAGGACUACAUCAUUCAUCCUGCAUCUUGAUGGUGAAAGUGAAAGGGCUGGGAUUGUUCUUAGUAAUUGUAUGAUAUUAUAUAGAUAUCUAGAUCUAUAUAGGGUUUUACCAUCCUUUCAAGUGGGACCACCGAAUUUAACGUCCAUCUCCAAUACGACCGCGUCAAAUUUUCGGAGAGCCUUAAUAUUACUAAGAUUACCACUGUUAUGCUUCAUUUAUUCAAGCUUUCUCAAAAGUAGGCUUAAAAAAUCCAACAAACAAACAAAGAACCCUCCACACUGUUAUGGGUCGUAUAUGAUAUGAGCUUUUCUAAGGGUCUUGUUGACCUGAUGGUUAUAUUUGAUUUUAUUACCAUGUACAAAGAUCGUAUCUUUAAUCUUUACAAAACAAGUUCAGCAAUAGGCCUACCCCAUUGAAGAUUCGAACCAGCGCCACCCGUACCAUAGCUCGGAUUGAUACCAACAAAGCUAUCGGCACACUUCGCCAAGGUUGGCCCAUGAGUCUAAGAGGUGACAGUUUAGCAAACGAAAAGCAUAAUUAUAGAGACUAGAUCUAGACGUUGACAAAACUAUUUUCAAUUCGAGCUGGAGAGAAGAAGAAAGGACAGAAAGAAAAAGCAGGAGGAUACAAUGGGUUUGGAAGUAGGAGUGGUGAGACCCCCAAGAGAAACCCUCCAACUGUCUCUAAUGAAGAUACAUUAACUGCUCGUUAGGCCUAUAUAGUAUAGGUCCAAAUAUCACGUUCUUAUGUCAUAAAUACA